AUGAAGACAAGAUCCAUGGCAGUCUAUAAGGAGGAAAUCGUCUGGACUGAGUGGAAACCGUAUGAUCCUGAACAGCAGUUCUCGUCGUGGUCACAGCAGGUGGAAGACCGCGUCAGCAAGCUUGCAGUCCUGCUCGGUCUGAAAGACACCCCUGCGGAGUUCAGCGCGCCUCGUUGCCUUGGCUAUUUCCAUGAUGAAGAGGACGAUGAAGCGAGAUUCGGACUUGUCUACAGAAAACCCGAAGGAUAUCCGGACUCAAAGCCAGUCGCGCUGCUGGACCUAUUCCGGCAGGCCAAAAAGCCAUCGCUGACUCAAAGAAUCAGACUAGCACACAACCUCUCGGAGAGCGUGAUGUACCUCCAUUCGAUCAACUGGCUUCAUAAGGGCAUACGCAGCGAGAACAUCAUCUUCUUUCCGCCAUCUGGGCAGGUGGCUGAUUACGAUGCUCUGGGUCAGUCCACAACACGCUCGAAGAAGACGUGGGACAUCUAUAGCCAGGGUGUCGUCUUGGUCGAGAUCGCUUUCUGGCGAUCAAUUGAGGACAUACUUGACGUUCAUGCCAACCAGAAGAAUGCCUGGUCCAGACUCAGAAAAGCCAUGGAUUUCCUGCUAGAAGAUCAAUUCCUCGACAGCAUCGAAGCCCAGGUUGGUGAGCGGUAUAAGGAUUGUGGGCAUCGAUGUAUCAGAGGAGGAGCUGACCUUGCAAUUCGGUGGGCGCCAAUGAAGCCGACUCGGAAGUCGGAGCUGGAAUGCUGCAAGCGUUCUCUCAACACGUAG